AUGGAAAAAUAGAGAUUCAAUUUGAUCACUUAAGUAUGCGUAGAUGUUAUACUAAAAUUAUUAAACAUAAAAUAUAUACCGAUAAUAAGAACAAAUUAUUCUCUGUAUAAACUUGAAGAGGUAUUUUGUACAAAUAUUCAACCUAGGCUAUUCAAGAGGGAAGCAAAUCUGUAAUUGAGAAACUGAAUUAGAGUUGGUAAACAUAAUGCAAACACAAAUCUAAGAUCACAAAAGAGUUCCUAUCAACCUUAAAUUAAUUCAAAUAUUACUAUCGUAUAGAGAUACUAUUAACAUCAACAUUACAAUAAAUAAAAUAAGAAAAAUAUUCGGAGUAUGAUGUAUUGUAUGUACCAACAGAUGAGUUAAUAUUCUUAAAAACAAACAUUAAAUAAUAAUUAUCACUAUCAUUUCAUGAUUUAGAGCAAAUAAAUAAAUGUAAUUAGUUAAUAUGAGUUUAUAUAUAUUAUAUUAAAGACAACACAUCAAAAAUAUCUAUACUCAAUAUUUUCGAUAUAAAUUUAAUAAUUAAAUCAAAACUUAUUUGCAAAUGGCUUAGUAAAAUACAAAACAUAAUAAUUCUAACAAGAUUAAUUCCAAUUUACAAUUCUCUUCCAAUUAAAAACAAAUUGUCAAUACAUCAUAAACUAUCGAUAAUGAUGUAAUAUCCAGUAAAAAGAAGGUAAAAUAAAACACUGAAUUUUAGGAAGUUUAUGACAGAUUGAUGAGUUCUUAAACAAAUAGAGACAAUUAAACUGAAGUAUCCUUAUACUUUGAUCAUUUAGGAGGUAUUUUUCAUUAAAUAUAAAUCAAAAAGGUAAAUGUCUAUGUGCAUUAUGUAACUGUGGUAAACACAAAUGUAAUGGUAAAAAUUGCAUACAUAAACCCUAAUUACAUGGAAAUUAUACUAUUUAUUAAAAGGAAUAUUAGAAGAAGACACCAGAAACAGGGUCUCGUUAUAAUUAGAAUAUAUUCACAUAACCUAAGGCAGAAGGAGAUUUAGGAAAUGUGACAACAUAUAAAGUAUUUAUUAACAUAUUAAUACUUUAGCAUGAUUUUCCAGGCUAUAAUAACAAAGCAGAAUUACACAAAAAUUCAUAGAAACCUACAGUAAGUGGAGUCCCUUUCUCUGGAUUGUCAACUUAUAACAAUAUGUACCUAAAUUGGGGAAUGGGUGAUACACCUUAAUUACUACCUUAGAAUAAUCCAACAGUUAUAAAAGAAAUGCCUUUUAUGGGAAGGAGCAUAUAUAAAGAUAGUUAUUAAGGAGUACAAGUCCCACCAGCAUAGAGUUGUAAAAACAUGAAUAAAGCUUUGAAGUAUAUUAAUAUUAUUUAUGUAGAUCCCCAUUAUCUCCACCAGAUUUGUAAUUCACUGCUGAAUCAAUAGCUAAAUCUUCUUAUAAACCAUUUAGAACAGAUAGAGUACCUACAGCUAAAAGCUAACAAAAUGUAUAUAUCUAUUUUUUAUAAUAAAAUAGGCAAACUUAAAUCCUUCAUAUAAUGGUUAAUAUAAUAGUGAAUAUCGUAAGGAAUUCGACCCAAAAAGUUUGAAUUAAUGUCCAGCAAAGGAUGUUUUGGAUGAAGUUGCUCGUAAUACAUAAUUUUGA